AUGUUUGACACUAUGGGUGCCAGUGCAUCAGCAGAUGAUAUUAAUGCCAUGGAAAUCCAUCACUGGUACACAAAAUUUAUGAAGGAGUGCCCAUCUGGACAGCUUUGUCUUCAUGAAUUUAAACAUGUUCUAGGUCUGCAAGGUCUUACUCAAGAUGCAAACAAGUACGUUGAACAAGUAUUUCACACUUUUGACAUGAAUAAGGAUGGAUUUAUAGACUUUUUGGAGUUUAUAGCUGCAAUAAAUUUGGUUAUACGAGGGAAAAUCGACCAAAAACUGAAAUGGUAUUUUAAGCUAUAUGAUGCUGAUGGCAACGGAACCAUUGACAAAAAAGAACUCCUAAGCAUAUUCAUGGCUAUCCAGGCUAUUAAUGGCAACCAGAGUAUGACUCCUGAAGAGUUCACAAACAUGGUAUUUCAGAAGAUAGAUGUAAACAAUGAUGGGGAACUGACGUUAGAAGAGUUUAUCAAUGGUGUGGAAAGCGACGCGAGCCUCUUGGAACUGAUUUCAAAAAGUUUUGACCUUUCCAAUGUACUUAAAGUCAUACAAAGUGGGAGGCGGCAUAGCAUCUGAGGUUUUCUGACCCUGAGUGAUACCAUGGAUACCAUGUGAUACCAUGGAUAUUGCAGGGAAGAUAAUAUUUAGUACUUUCACAGAGCUUUAAAUCUUCCAAGCUUUGCAUAGACAGUCAUUGACGUCAAACUCCAGAAAUAAUUGUCACUUCAGAGAUUUCACCCUUGACUCCAUACCUUUCUUUCUUUCUUGUCAAUGGAUGCAGCAGCCACUGAACAUGAAACUUUAUCCACACACAAUAGUAAAUCUAUUUGUUGCAGUACUACCAGCCUCUCUGAUCACUAUCAACACCAUUCUGAAUAAUGGAUCAGCACUGACAACAGUACAAAAAUUAACCUUUGCAGAAGACCUUGAGCUAAUGUAUUGCUUCUUUUAAGUACAGGUUGUUUAACCUGCAAUUUACAAUGUAGUGAUAAACCAUUAGAUAGGAUUGGCUUCUAUCUGGAUCAAUCAAGAAUGAAGCAUGGUUUGUAUUAACUUAACAUUUGCACUAAUCAGUGCUUAAAAUAGGAGUGGAUUAUCCGCAAAACACCUCAAUCAGCUUACUGUGCCAGAGAUAAACAUCCAUUUGGAAAAGCUGUUCUCGGUUUUAUUACAUCUGUAAAUUAAAAUGACUUAAUGCUUUGAUAUUCAAUGGGGGGCUUAUUAAACCUAGUUUUCUUCUCACCUUAAUCUUAAUGCAACCAUUAAUCAAUUCAUUAGCCUUUGGAACUGUUGAGUUACACGGCUCUUUAUGGAGUAAUUAUUAAAAAGUCCAGAAGACAGUUUAAAAAAAAACACAAUUUUACUUUAUAAAUAAUAAGAUUAGUUGCCUGAGCUGAAAAGAAACUUCAUGAGCAGACUGCAGAGGGAGAAUUAUAGUUCUCUCUGGCUCCAUUGAGGAUUGAGUCUCUCUCAAAUCUGCAACAGGUUAUCAAAUUACAAGCAUUAUAUUAUAAGAAUAAAUUCUCAUUGGCUGAUCAUACCAUAGGGUAUGACACUGGUGCUAGAUGCUUUUGAAAGCACCAGCGUCAUGCACAUUAAUGCUUGCAUGGGCUAUUGCACCACAUAGAUGAACGAAAAUUAUUAAGACUUGAAAAUGAAAGUGUUUUUCUCCCAAAUUCACUUCAAAUCUGUGUCCAAUUGCACAUGAUAUGUGCCACAUCAUCUGUAAUUAUUAUACCAGUUGCUGGUUUGAUCAAUAAAGCAGACAACCAGCAACACUUGACAUUAUAAACAGUCCUGACAUUAUAGCUUUGACAUUUAAAUCUUUUAUUUCCUUUCCAAAAAAUGGAAUGAUAAAUGAGACUGCUGGUGGGUUAGAACUUUAAAAUCUUCUAUUUAUUCAUUAUUGACACAUUACUAUGUCAGCAUCAGUAUCAUUUUUUUUCCAACUUAAGGACUAAGAGUGAGCUUGAAAAAAAUGAUAAGGAAUACUUCUGUUUUAGACUCUUUUGAGGGCAUUUAUAAUUCAAAAUGGGCUUUGAUUUAACACACAAAGUUCAGUGUUAAUAGUGUUAUUUAGUCAAUUUGAGUACAAUGAAAUUGUUAGGUUUUAGCCUAUUAAACAAGUGAACUGAUUAUCUUUUAAAACUGAUUACUACACAUCUAUUAUGACUUUUUUCAUAAGGGGUUUUUACUAUGCAGAGAUUUUUUUUUUCAAUUGCCUAACUAUUAUAUCUAACUGUAAUGACAUGAUAGAAAUGACCAGGUCACAAGGAGUGUUAUGGUCUAUGAAAGGAAUAAUGAACAUGAGAAAUCUUUGUUGACUCUUUGUUAAACUAUGGGCAGAUCUACUCUUAGGCCAUGUCUACACUUUCAAGCUUACAGUGGCACAGCUCUACUGAUUUUUCACACCCCUGAGUGAACAAAGUUUUGCCGACAUAAGUGCUAGUGUAGACAUGGCCUUAGACGCUGCA